AGGAUGAUAUGGAUAACAAUACUGCUCACCCUCGUCCUACAACUCCAGCCUACUAUCACAGAAGAAUACACAAUAGGUCUCCUUAUGUCUUCUGAAAACAUCCAGAAAUCACUCCUGGAGAAGAUAGUACCAUAUGCUAUCUCCCACUUCAACGCCAACUCAACAGAUGUGAAGCUGAAACUGGAGCAGGUGACGUAUAACGGUUCCUCCCUAAACGAGCUAGUGAUGGGAUCUUGUAAGCUGGUUAAUAAGGGGGCAGUAGCUGUUAUCUCACCAGAUGGUUCUAACACGGUGGCUCAAGCUGCUGAUGUGUUUAGUCCUCUGAACAUUCCGAUCAUAUCCCUGGCAGCAACAGACCCUUACAUCAGGAGGGCACACAGAGACAACGUCCUCCUCCUCUCACCCAGCGAUACCUUCCAGUCCAGAGCUAUACUCGACCUUCUAGGGCACUUCAGGUGGCACGAGAUAGCUAUCAUCGCAUCGGACAGUAACUACGGAAUAAACGGUGUGCACUACCUGCAGCAGCUCAUCACCAAACGAGACGAAGCUAAGUUCGUGAUAAAGAAGAUAAACUUCUUCAACGCAGUACCUGCUCCUAAACUGACGAAUACCCUGAAAAGUAUAAAGAAGUCCCUAGCAAGAGUGAUAAUUCUGAACUGCGAGGGACAGUACAGCAGCGUCGUUCUAGCAGAGGCUUACAAAAUGGACCUGCUCGCUCGGGAAUACGUUUGGAUUGUUACCGAUGCGAUAACAGGUAAUCCACAGACCCUCCUUCCGUAUGGGACGCGCAGUGACCGCUACAGCGGACUGAUUGGGAUACGAUUUGCAAUAAAGAAGGAAACGAAGGAAUUUGAAAUGCUGAGUGAGGAGUUUGAAAAGAUGAAAUGGAAUGACUCCAUGACCCACCCUCUCACCCCAUCCCUGGUGAUGAGUUACGAUGCUGUGCAGAUGGCAGGUAGGAGUCUGGAAAUGUUAGCAGAAACAGAUUCCAUCCAGCAGCCGGACUCCAGCUGCUCUUAUGACAAACCCUGGCAACCCUGGAACAAUGGAGACAGGUACUAUGAUGCUCUCAAGUCUUCUAACUAUGAGGGGGCAUCAGGAAGAUGGAGUUUCACUGAUGAUGGAAUGGUAAAUCACCCCGGUUACGAGAUAGUUAACCUGAGGAGUUAUGGGUAUGACACGCCCAGGUUCCUUGAAAUAGGAAAAUGGACUGAGGAAAAAGGGCUGGAGAUAGAAGACGAUAGCCGGAUAAAGUUCCUAGGAAAUGCCCCUGUCCGUCCAAUGGGGGUCGCUAACAGUCUUAAUGCCGAGCACUUGAAAUUAGGGGUGACUGAAAACCCUCCCUUCGCAGCGAGGAUACCCAACUGUACAGGACACUCCUGUUGGGAGGGAAUAUGUCCUGACGUGGUGAAGAACCUGUCAACAGCACUGAACUUUACUUACGAGUUUGUCGAGCCUUAUGAUAAGGAGUUCGGGAGGUUUGAUCCGGGAACACACACUUGGAACGGACUCAUAGGAGACAUGUUGUCACAGAGGACAGACAUGGUUACCAUGGACUUGUCUGUUGGGGUCCAGAGGAAACAGUACAUUGACUUCACCGUCUCCUUCAUGGAUUCCGGUAUCAGUCUGGCGAUUAAAGGCGAAUCAGGAAAAAGUGACAUAUUCUUCUUCAUGAGUCCAUUUGGGUACUCGGUGUGGUGCAUGAUAGCAGUGGUGUUCAUGCUCAUGGGUAUCAUUCUGAAUCUCAUCAGCAAGAUAUCCCCCUACGGGUCUCAUGGUAAGAAGAUCCACGCAAUGCAAGUCUGCAAAUGUGAGGGGUGUGAAGAAAGAAGACUAGUCAAACAGCAGCUGAAAAUCAAGUUCAAAGACCACAUUCAAUCAGAGUGUUUGGUUGACAGAAUGGUUGAGGAUGCUGAGGAUGAGACAAUGACGUUCUACAACUCUCUGUGGGUAGCCGGAGCAGGGCUGGUGGGUCAGGGCACUGCUGCACUUCCUGCUAGUCCUUCUGGAAGGUUCCUCCUAUUCAUCUGGUGGUUCUUCAUUCUCCUCAUCAUUUCCAUGUACACGGCUAACCUCACUGCUUUCAUGACGCUAGACAAGAUCGGGAUCACAGUAAGUUCAGCGAAGGACCUGCUAAAGCAGAAUCAGAAGAAGUACGAGUGGGGGAUUAUUGAGGGAAGCUUUGUGGAGUCUCUCCUCAUCAACAACGUGGAUACUGAUUUCAAGAAGCUGGUUGAUGGAGCUGUUAAAAUAAAAACAGUGGAAGAGGGCAACAACAGGGUACACCAAGGUGGGUUCGUCUUCCUUGAUGAGAGUCCGUUCUUGUCUUACAACCUCCUCGGCAGUUGCGGUAUCUUCCAAGUAGGAGGAGAGAUCCAACCAUUCGACUAUGGGUUCGGGCUGCCCAAGAGCUCACCCUACACUGAGCUGAUGAACACGCAGAUCAUAAAGUAUAGGGAGCUGGGCUUCUUCGACGAGUUGUGGAUCAAAUGGGACAAAACCCCAGCUGACGGCUGCGAAAAUAACCAUGAGGUUGGAGCAGAUGAAGUGCUCCAAAUGUCCACAGUUCAAGGAAUCUUCCUACUUUUAGCUCUCGGUCUGGUCAUCAGUUUCGCUCUGAUAUUGUUAGAGACUGUGAUGGCAACCGCCCAGGAUGGUUACGACGACCAGCACAGAACAUUCUGGUCAAAACUGGUCCGGCGGGUAAAGCUCAAGUAUGAGGACUUUAGUACGGAGUGGUUUGUAUUCUCCAGACCCCAUAAAGCGUCAGCAAACGGAGACAAUUAUCUGAAACUUGAUUCGUUGGACAAGUUUGCUUCUUCCGAAGUGAAGGGUGGCCCAAAUCACGGCGUGUAACUUUUAUUUUAGGGCAUUUUACUGUUUUAACCAACAUUUCUACCAAUUAUUUGAACAUUGCAAGUUGAAAUAUUUUAUCAGGCUUGUGCUUGUCGUGUUUUGAAAGCGGAUAACUCACUGCAUACCAAGACAUUUUGGGAUACAGUAUGUUAUAAUACCAUUUUCUACCUACAGUUAUUGAGUUAUUUAUCAUAAAUAUCAAAUUUCUGAUCAAAGUCACCGCUCAGAAAACUGUGAUAUGAGGGUUGUACUGAAAUUUUUAUUCAAUAAACAUUUUACUGAACAUAUAUUAAUUGAUUUUUAUAG